CUGGCAGGACCUGUUACGAGAGCCUUAUCCGUCUCAACCCACCCUCAUUGCAGAGUCUCGUCUGACGUCUGGCACUGCAAAACACGAGUGAAAUAGAGAGCCGUGUUGCAGGGCAGCAUGUACUCCAACCCUCAUGCUGCGAUGCCUCCGCCUCAGUCACGUUCUGUUGCGCCCGAAACCUUCUUAUUAGAUCAGGAUGCUCAGCAAAGCCUGCCUCCGGAUAGUAUCGUCGCGCUGCAGCAGGUCGACAACCUAAAGUACUUUCUCAUAUCGGCUCCCGUUGAUUGGCAACCUGAUCAAUAUAUUCGACGGUUCCUAUUACCCACUGGUGAAUACGUUUCCUGCGUGUUAUGGAACAAUCUUUUCCAUAUCUCUGGAACAGACAUUGUUCGAUGUCUUUCCUUCCGAUUCCAGGCCUUCGGCCGACCCGUCAAGAACUCGAAGAAAUUCGAGGAAGGUAUCUUCUCAGAUCUUCGCAACUUGAAAUCGGGUACCGAUGCUUCGUUGGAGGAGCCCAAGAGUGCAUUUCUUGAUUUCCUCUAUAAGAACAACUGCAUCCGAACGCAAAAGAAGCAGAAGGUCUUCUACUGGUACAGCGUGCCGCACGACCGACUUUUCCUCGAUGCCUUGGAGCGCGAUCUGAAAAGGGAGAAGAUGGGCCAGGAAGCGACUACAGUCGCUGUGAACGAGCCAGCGCUUUCAUUCGAAUUCGACUCGUCGCAGUCACUCUUCGAGCAGCUCACCAAGGCACAACAGACAAACUCAUCGUCAUUCAACAACAAUGUGCAAACAUACUCACAGUCAACCUCCCCUGUAAUGCGAGCGAUCGACUCCAUGCCCCCUCCAACCAUGAUGACACAGCCAAUACCGCCAACUGUGCAAGAGGAAGCAAUGAAUCCAAUGGCACAGUACAGCCAAAUGACGAUGCCUCCCAGCAUGAACAACGCAAUUGCCAAGAGCCGGGAACGAGACUUUGGAGGUCAGAUGCAAUACGACCGCAAUGGCAUUCCUCUCUCGCAAGUGCACCAGCGUCAUAGCUCGAUGCCUGCAUACAUGGAGUACUCGCCUGCUCCUUCAUUCGUUUCGUCGCAUUACGAGGACUACAGCACUCGGGGCAUGUCAUUCGAGCCGUUGACUCCACCCCAGCACCAGAUUAGUCUCGGUGCAGAACCAGCCUACAUUGCGAACGAGGACACUGGUCUCUACAGCGCUAUUCCUGAACUCGGCGUGUCGACUUCGUUCAAUCCCUUGAUGAACAUCCCUCCGUCAAAUUUGAUGGGUCCCGGCUUCUCAAGCGUGACACGGCCGUUCCCUCCAGGAAACGUCUACUCUGUCAUCGAAGGAUCGCCCACCUAUAAACAAAGGAGGCGUCGAUCGUCGAUGUCAACUGGUGUCAGCGCCGCAGUGACUGCCACAGGUGGGGCCACGCACCAGGUUCACCGACCAAGUGAUUUGCGGCGGUCGAUGUCAAGCUCCGUCAUGCCUGUUCCUGAAGGAGAUGAGUCGAAUCACAACUCUCCUAAUAGCGUUAAUGGUGGCGCCAACUAUAGCCAACCUAUCGCAGACCACAAGCCUGUAGUUGACAUUUCGCGGCACGGUACCCCCUUGCACACGGUCGAGGACAGCCCGCCACAACACCAGACAAGCAUUUUGCCCCAGGACGAUCUAAACAGCCUCGUCAAUGGAGACGUAUUUGAGAAUCCCCUACAGCAUUCUGCCGUGGCACGCACUGCAGCCGCUCCAGGGGUGUACCGACGGGCAAGGAGCGCCACGAUGAUGGAGAUUGGCCCGUACCCUCAGAAGUCACAUUCAUGUCCAAUCCCGACAUGCGGUAGGCUAUUUAAGAGGUUAGAACACCUCAAGAGGCACGUGCGUACCCAUACACAAGAACGACCCUACGUCUGCCCACUAUGCAAUAAGGCAUUCUCGCGAUCGGACAAUCUUGCCCAGCAUCGUCGCACGCAUGAACCUCGUCAAGACGGCGAGCCGCUCAGCAGUUUCGACGAAGAUGAGCUUGACAAUGAGGACGAGCACCUAGGCUCGCUAGAGGAGGAAUCACCCGAAUCCGGAAAUGACUACCUCAGUGCAAACCUCAACAUUCCAGCAUCAAUUGCAGAUAUACCCGGUCCUCUCUCCAUGGGGACCACCAUGGGACCCCCUCAGCACCUCAUCGCUGCCCACAACUACUAAAUUUUGCAAUCAUUUCCCGGCGUGGUUUUAAAUGAGCAAACACUAGGAUGCAUGCAGGUGCCAAUACUACUUAGAGCGACCACUUUUUUCCUUUGUUAUCAUGUUUAACUCCCUAGAAUUUUUGUUUUCUUCUG